UCCCCCGCCCUAACUUCCCCCCGCCCAAACCCUCCCCGAUCUCCGCUCCCCAGCCAUGUCCUCGUCGCCGGCCGCUUCGAUCCCCUCCGCCCGAUCCUCCCCGACCGCCGGCCCGACGCCCCGGGCCCCCCGCCGCCGCCGCCGCGGCGGCGCCGGCGAAGGGCGCCGGCGACGGCGGGAGCAAGCGGCAGGAGGACGAGGCGAAGAACGGCACCACCACCGUCGUGGUGGUCCCCACCCGGAGCGGCCGCCCCGCGCGGGCGUGCGCGAUUAGGGCUGCCUCCAGGCUCCAGGCCGCGCAGCAGCAGCAGCACUACCAGCAGCAGCACGGCGCCGCGGAGAGGAGGCCCAAGGCGGCGGCGGCGGCCCGCGAGGAAGGAGGAGCGCGAGCGGGCGGAGGAGGAGUCGCCCGCGCAAUGCGCCAGCAGCAGGAUCGUCACGCCGCUCGUGGCGGCCCCCGAGGCCGGGCAGCUGCCGCGGUGGAGCCUCCGGUCAAUGUGGGAAUUGGCCUCGAUACUCAAUUUCUUGCAUGUCUUUAGGCCUCUGUUGAAUAUCUCGGUGGAGUUCUCUGCGGAAGAGUUCGAAACGGCUUUGCUCUCGCCCAAUGACACGUUAGGGGAUAUACACAUGCCUCUGUUGAAGGCAAUCCCUCCAAUUACAAGGAUGGCACUUACACGCGAUACCUGGGUUACUGUCUUGUGCAGAAAGUUGAGAGACUGGUGGCAUUGGGUUGCAGAAGGGGAGUUACCCAUCGUUGCGGCACAUGGGGCUGAGGUUGAACAUUAUAAAUCUCUUGACCCCGGGGUCCGUGUGGUGAUCCUGAAAGCAUUAUGUGACAUUCGUGUAGAGCAAGAAGAUAUCCGGGGCUUCAUUGAAAGUUCAAUGAAGUGUGGCAUGCACCUUUCAGCUUUCCGUAUGGAGCGAAUUGGAGGAGAUUCAUAUGGAGUCCAUUAUUGGUAUGAAGAUGAUCCAAUAAUUGGUCAUCGGCUUUACAGGGAGAUAAGGAAAGUUGAGGUUAAACGAGCAAAGGCAAGGGGUUCCCAGGUCAUCCCCAUUGCAUCAUACCAGUGGGAAACAGUUGCAACCAAUUUGGAUGAAUUUCAAGAUGUAUCUGAGAAGCUUUUCACCAGUAAAAACAGGACAGAGGUGUCACUGGGGAAAAAGUUGAAGGCAGACAUGCUUCCUGAGAUUGAAAAGGUUCACAAGAGGAAAGAGAAGCUGCUUAAAAAGCAACACAGAGAAGCUCUUCUGCUUGAUAAUUUCUUGCACAUGGAUGGGCUUGCUCCCGGACGCUCCCUUCGUGAUAGGAAACCUGUCACCUAUACUUUCGAUGAUUAUGACCGAUCUAUCAACGAGGCUAUCAAGAUAACCAAGCGUAAGCAGCCUUCACCAGAACCUAUCAACAGAAGAGAAGGUGCUUUCAUCAAACCUGAAGCUUCUACAAAUGGUAAAUGGAGUAGUGAAUUCUUGCAUGCCUCUCCGUACACUAAUUUUAGCGCUGUGUCUCCUGGAUCACCUGAUUUUGAUGACAUUGAUGACGAUCAAAAACCUGGAACCUUGGACCGAAGCUACAGACAAAGGCGGAGGCCUCAAAGAUAUUCAGCAAAAGACUUUGUUGAAGCGGUAUCAGAUAAUGACGCAGACUUUGACAGUGAUGAUGAUAUAGUUGGAGAAGCUGUUUAUGACGAGGAGUAUCUCAGGAAACGCAAGCAGAGAAGGGUGUCCAGUAGCUCCGAGGGAGAUGAGGAGUAUCGUUGGGAUGGAGAAAAUCCUGAAGAAGAGGAAGAGGAAGAGGAAGAGGAAGAGGAACAUUCCUUGGGUGUGAGUGAUGAGGACAGUGAUGAGCCUCGAAAGCCUAAGAAAUUGCCUGGGCGUACGCGAAGGGAAACCAAAUUAAGAUCAGUGGUUGAACUACAGAAAGGUCUGAGACGUAGUAAAAGGACAACGAGGAAUCGUAUUAAUUAUCGACAGUAUGAGCUCUCAGAAUCUGAAGUGGAGGCUGCAAAACCUGACAAGUGGCACGUAUCCAAUGAACAAUCAGAAGGAACUGAGAGUGAGGGGUAUUCAAUGGAGAGUCAAGAUUCAGAAAGAAAUGGUAAUGAGCCGGAACCCAAAGUCAAUCAUCCUGUCGCAAACCACCCCAAUACAGCAGAAAAAGAAGAUAUUCAGCCGGCUGAGAGAACUGAGAGUCCAAGCCAAGAGGAAGCUGCUGAUCAACCAAAAAGACGUUUUCUUGACCUCAAUGAGCUUGCCCCUGGGUCAGGCUUUGAUGAUGGUCCUAAUCCUGAAAAGAAGGAUGAUAAUGAAGAUGAUAUAUAAAGCUCCCGCAAGGUUAGUAUUACUUUCUGAUGGAAGCUCGUUGUACCAUCUGAGGUGCUAUAAAUUUUGUAACGAGCCUGCAGAGGAAGUUUAUGAUCGGAUUUUCUCUUAUGGCGUAGCCAAAGCAAGUGCUCAAAGCAACUGCGACAGUGAGCACUUGCUUUGACAGGCAGUGGGAUCACAGUGUAGGGAGCUAUGUAGAUUAGAUAGUCAUUUUUUAGUAUGGCCACUCUCUUGAAAAUCCAUAGGAUGGAUUGGUAUUUGUUGGGAGAUGUUGACUCGGCCCAAUCGAUGUACAAUAACAUCUAACUUAUAUGUGAAAGAUGUCGCUUUGAUGUUUAGGCUUUAA